AUGCGAGAGAAGGGAAUUCCCCUACAACUUGUACGUUGGACAGCAUCAUUCCUUGCAAAGAGACAGGCAGCCAUCUGCCUCGACGGGAUCCAUGGGGAGAUGAAACCCGUGGAGAAUGGUAUUCCACAGGGCUCGCCAGUCUCACCCAUUCUAUCCAUAAUUUACGCAGCUGAAAUUCUCGAGAUCUUCGAGAAAAAGGCGGUACUUGACACUCAGGCCAAAAACUCUGGACUCAAGCUACCCGACAGACCCACCGCCGUCUACCUGAUCAUGUUCGUGGAUGACAGCAAACUGUACGUUUCCUCAGAAUCACUAGACACUAACACUCGCAUAUUAGGCAUCGCAUACAAUAAGGUUGCCGACUGGCUUAAAAGUGUUGGCCUUGCCCCCAACAAGGUGAAGCGAGAGCUAAUGCACUACUCCAAAUGCAGACGAACAGAUGGAGACUCCCCAUCCAUUACCCUACCAGGCAAAAAUGGCAAACCGAUGAUCAUCAAGGCAGAACUCACCACAAAGUGGCUAGGAGUAUACCUAGACCAUGACUAA